AUGGACUGCAUGCUGUUGAUGGUUGCUCUACUGUUAGCAGUAGAGGUGACACACAGCAUACCCAUAGAGAGGUUCCAGCAGCUGGGCUGGCAGAGGCUGCUGGAAGACCUAGAAGAGUGUUCAGUGUGCCAGCCUGAGCUCUGCAAAUCUCCCCAGCAUUGCCCGGCUGGCCAGGUGCAGGACCACUGCGGGUGCUGCUGGGAGUGCGGCAAUGCAGAGGGGCAGUUCUGUGACCUGGACACCUCCAGGAACUUCUACGGGAUGUGCGGCAAGGACCUGGAGUGUGAGAUCCAGGACAAGGACCUGAACUCAGGCGAGAUUCCAGAGCCCCAGUGCGUCUGCACCAGGCAGGAGGUCCUCUGCGGGUCAGAUGGGAAGACCUACGAAAACAUCUGCAAAUUCAGAGAGGGCCAGUUCCAGCGCAGGAAGAAGGAAGAACUUACUGUUGCACACAAGGGUCCCUGCAAAACAGCACCACUUAUUACCACUCCACCACGUGAUAUUGUAAAUGUGGAAGGACGUGACGUCAUCUUCGGCUGUGAGGUGUCCUCGUACCCGAUGGCGACUGUGGAGUGGAGGAAGGAAGGAAACAGCUUUUUCUUACCUGCAGAUGAUUCGCACAUGGCAGUGCAGGCCAGAGGUGGACCUCAGCGCUUUGAGCUCACCGGCUGGCUCCAGAUACAACGGGUCCAGAAGGAGGAUGAGGGAAUGUACACCUGCUAUGCCAAAAACGAGUUUGGAGAAGUGUCUGCCACAGCAAGACUCCAGGUUAUUAACCCAGAUUCCCCCCUGGCAAGUAAAGUGAAGCCUUUCAAAACUGGAGUUUACCAUAUCACAGAUGAUGAGGAAGACAUUGAGUAUGGAGGAAGUGGCUAUUCAUAUUAACAAAUGAAAACUGUUCCAUUUAUUUGGAAAUGUUAAAGAAGAAGGUAUGAGUAGAAUAUUUGAAUUACAUAAGUGCUGGAGUGUACCUUUUUCCUGUUGUAGAUAAUAAUCAGGCAGUAUUGUCUUAAUCAUCCGUGGAAAGUUGUGGCAUUCACUAUAAUGACAGUAGAACCUGUUUUAUUGUCGAAUGAAUAUGUUCACAUCAAAGGGUUGAGGCCUUUUUAGCACACGUUUAAUUAGGUACUACUAAAUGUCUAACCAUUCCCUAAGCCAUCCAUUAAGUAUUUUUAUUUAUUUGCUUCAAUGUAACUUAAACAGUUACUAUUGCUUACUAAAUGAAGGAUUAUCUUGGCAAAGUAGAGUUUAAUCACACUAUUUGUGAAUGUAAGUUUUACUUUUUUCAUUGUGUGAAUCUGGUCCCCAGAUCGUAAUUUGUAAUAGUCGAAUUUGGCACAUUCAAUUCAAUAAAAAGGGCAUGGUUGGAGCAAGAUCUUGGAGUGGAAUGGAUUGGGAGCCACAUGAGAGUACUGCUGAUGUACAAAGCUAAAAAACAACAACAACAGAAAAGACUGGACAGUCCUAAUGAGGGGCAUACUGUAUUUUUCUGAUAUGGUACUAUGCUACAAACCUGUCUAGAUUUCUUUGUAUAAAUCUGAAUCAUACACAGCAGAGCUGUACCCCUUCUAUACCUUAUAAUGUAAAUAA